GGCGCGCGCGGCCGCCAUGGGGCUGCUGACGAUUCUGAAGAAGAUGCGCGAGAAGGAGCGGGAGCUGCGGCUGCUCGUGCUGGGAUUGGAUAACGCCGGCAAGACGACGCUGCUGAAGCGGCUGAACGGGGAGGACGUGGGGGGCACCUCCCCCACCCUGGGCUUCAACAUCAAAACCCUGGAGCACCGCGGGUUCCAGCUGCACGUGUGGGACGUGGGUGGGCAGAGCUCUCUCCGCUCCUACUGGCGCAAUUACUUCGAGAGCACGGACGGGCUGCUCUGGGUGGUGGACAGCAGUGACCGGCAGCGGCUGCGGCUCUGCGCCCGCGAGCUGCGCGCCCUGCUGCGCGAGGAGCGCCUGGCCGGGGCCACCCUGCUCGUGUUCGCCAACAAACAGGACCUGCCCGGGGCGCUGCCGGUCGGGGACAUCCGGGAGGCCCUGGAGCUGGACUCCAUCCGCAGCCACCGCUGGCGCAUCCAGGGCUGCUCGGCCUUCACUGGCCGCGACCUCCUGCCCGGCCUGGACUGGCUGCUGGACGACAUCGGGGCGCGCCUGUGCCCCCCGGACUGAGCCCGGUGACACCCAGUGACACCCAGUGACACCCAGUGACACCGAGAGACACCGAGAGACACCAGAGUGACACCGGAGUGACCCCAGGGUGAC